AUGUUUGAAUGUGCUCGCUGCGCCCCUUAAGGUUCCAUGAGAAAAGCAUCAGAAGAGAAGCAAAUGACGCGCUCGGCCUACGAUGUGCAACGGGACUUUGGUCUAAGCAGCGCCCUGCGCUCGGAAAUCAUUUGGGACUCACUAGCCCCAGAUCAGGCUGGAGUGCUAAAGCAAAAGAUCAAAAAUCUGAUCCUAAAUAAUGAGGCCACAACCAGCAGGAAGGUGGCCAAGCAACGCCAGCAACUGUUUCGAAAUGUGUGGCUACAGCGGAAGUACACGAACCGCACUCUGCUCUCGGCCAUCAUCUACGUGCUGGUCACGCCUGAAAUGGAUGCAGAGCUGGCCCUGCAGUCCACCACCUAUAGCUGCCAUCCUGUCUUCCGCACCCGCAAAUGCAUGAAGGGCGAAAACAGCGAGGAAUGUUGCAUGAUCUUCAUCGACGAACACGGCCGGGUCUAUGCCAAUUGGGAGAAGUAUGUCUUCGGAAAUACCCUGCCCAAGGGCAUGAUGAUAGCUCCAAGUCGUGGCAUUUACACCUUCACCAACGACGAGGAUCCUGGAGUUCAGCUAAUGGUGUAUCCCACGCCAGCGUCUGGAGCGCGGCACAAAAUCCUCAAUAUCGGCGACAAGGUGGCGACUGUUGGUAGCCUUGUGGCAAGUGUCCCCCUGGCUGCCGCCUUGGCGGUUCCCGUCGGCGGACCCAUCGGUCUGGCCGCCACUGCUGUGGGCGUUGCAACGGCAGCCUAUAGCACCCUGCGCUCGGCCCACCGCCUUUACGAUCGUGUGCGACAUGGUCAGUCCACUUCCAUCACGGACAGCGAAGCUCGGGGCCAAUGGCUAGGCGUGGCCGGGGGUGUGGUUGGCCUGGGAGCCACCGGAGCUACCCGACUUAUGUCCAGAGUGGCCGCAGCCGGCACCGAAGUGAACAGUGCCGCUCAGUUCGCCGUGAAGGGCAUCAAUGUGUCUUCCAUUGUCAUAUCCGGCACGGGUGUGGCCAACGGUGUGUACGACCUAUAUUUGAAAGUUGGCGACGAUCAGACCUUGUCCAAGCUGGAUAUCCUGCAGAUUGCCUCGAGCCUGGUUAUAUUCACGCACUCCAUUAAUAAUCUCCGCAUAGCUUCCAAAGUGACCAAUAGAUCAACGUUGAUGCGAGCGCUGCGCGAUCAAACCAGAAGAGUCGUUAGUCAGAUCUCGCAAGAGUCCAGAAAGCUGCAUAACGGCUCCGACGGAGGAAUGUUUGAUAUUGUGCGCACCUUUAACGAUAUACCCUUCAAGGAGGCCUUGCUCAGCUUGCACAAGAUCAAUGCGCAUCUUGCGCAAGGAGCUUCCAUGGUCGGUGCCCUGGGCGCCACUGUGCUGCCCAAUAUUGUGAGCCUGGGCAGCGGGGGGCAGAUGCGCCUGAAUCUGGAAAUGCUGGCCACUCAAUUUGGCAGCAAGUUUGUGGAGCACAUCAGCAGUCCGGGUAACCUCGCGGACGUGCUAGACGCUUUGGCCCGGUACUUUAGCGAUAAGGCGGUGCAGCUUUUUAUGGAAACGACGCGCACCUUUGUCGAACAGAAUAUCGACUCGAUUGACCGCACCCUGAACACGUUCGUUUCCACGGAGACGGUUCUCUAUCGGAUAUUAAUGCACUGCGUGCACACCUAUGAUAAUUUUGCUGUGGAUUUCCUUGAGCGCCAUCGCCAGGACAUCUUGGACGUAAUCUCCAAGUACUUCCACUCCCUGCAGCCGCUCGACGAGGGGAACUCCAGCAAAUAUAAAUGUGCUGUCUGCAAGGGAACGUACUAUAUAAGUGCUUUGUGAUUCCUUAAAUCGUUCGGCUAUUUGUCUGUCUGUAAAUGGAAAUGUGAUCAUAAGAAGAGUUUUAUGUAUUAUGUCGUUCACUGUAAAAGUUCCUUGUGAGAU